GCUCAGCUCACUCAAGAGGAGUGCCUGCUGGCAGUGCACCUUUUGAGGUCGCAAACUUCCAGGAGUUUGUUUAGCUCUCGCGUUUUUGGCGCCCUUGUGCAGGCUGUUGCUGUUGUGCACUCUGGUGAUCAGCGAGCGAGAGAGAUUGAGCUGUUAGCGUGCCCCUGCUAGAUUAGAGAUGGAGUUCUUGAGGAGGUGUUCAGGCUUGACGCGAUUUGAGGAGGAGUUAGUUGCUCAGAGUAGGAGGUUGGUAGGAGAGGCUAUUGGUCUUGGGGAGAGGAUUUCACUUCAGGUUUCCAGAGCCACCGGAGACGCUGUUGUUAACGGGUAUCAGUCUAUCUUCUCUCCUGCCCCUCUCUCGCAGUCUCCUUCUCUUGCCACCAGCCAGGAUGACGAGGUCCUCGCAAGCAGCGCCCUUCUCCAGGAGCAGCACACUUGCGAGGAGACCUCUGAGACACAGGGACCUGCGCACACUCAUGAUCCUUCUUUUGACCUGGUCCCUGAGUCCUCAUCCUUGGCUCUUCCUGGCUUGGCUGGCGCACUCCCCUCGUCGCCUCCUCUUUCCAGCAGCCAGGACAUCUCCGCUCACAGCCCUCAGCUCGCAGAGCAGCAGACUCUCAGAGAGGACAAGUCAGAUGCGCAGGGACCUGAACAAAAACACGACGCUUCUGAAGUUGCGGUCCCUGCUGCUCUUGAUUACGAGCUGGUCUCCUCUGCACUGCUUGCAAGUAAUGACGUGUCCAGUCCGCUGUUUGAGCGAGGUCUGUUCGGAAGCGCUGAGGGGGCACUGCCUGUAGGUGGGGAAGAAUCCUUUGAUAGGGAGGAGGGUUCAGGCAGUGUGGGGUCUCAGGAGUUGGUUUUGGCAGAGCCGAGCGAGGCGGCCUGCCGUGUUGAGGAGCUGGAGGGAUGGGAGGUUGAUCAUGGGGAUGGGGCUGGGGGUGCGGUUUUCAGAGGCAGGGAGCAGGGCAGCACAAUCCAGGACCUUGACGUGCAGAGCCUCUCCCGCAUCAUGAGCUGCUUGGGGAACGCCUCCCUCCAGGCCUGCUCUCUGGUGUGCCGCGAAUGGCUGGUUGUUUCCAACGACACCAGAGACUACUUGACUCUGUGUGGAGGCCCCCAGGUUGCCAGACUUCCCAGGAUUGUCGCCCGGUUCUCUGACCUGCGCUUCGUCAUGUUUAAGGAUCUCGUGAGAAGCUCAGGGGAGGGCCAAGGUCUUGUGACAGCCAGCCUGGAUGACGCGUCACUUCGGUUGCUAGCACAGAGCUGCCCGCGUCUUGUCCGCCUGAGUCUGGUCCACUGCGGUGUCGUCUCAGAUGAGGGGCUGGCUGCUGUCCUGACGGGAUGUCUGGAGCUACGAACGCUGCGCUUGGAUCGCUGUGAGGGGUUCCGCGGCAAAGCCUUCGAGGGGGUAAAGUGCAAGUUGGAGGAGCUCUGUCUGUUCUCUUGCACUGGGCUGAAGAACAUCGGCCUCUUGGCAGCGGGAAAAGCGUGUCCCGCGUUGCGAACGUUUGAUCUCAGGGCGCAGGGGGAGAGGGCAGACCUGGGGGCAGGCCUCAAAAGGGUGGCGUGGCACUGUGGGAAGCUUGAAAAGCUGUUCCUGCAAGCCUGCGGGACCACAGAUCUGACCCUGCGCGAGUUUGCGAUCCAUUGCCCCCAGUUGACUUGCGUUGCAAUUAUGAGCGAGCCGGACAUCACCGACUCGGGCGUUUGGUCGCUUCGAUGCCACUUGCGGAGCUUGGAGCGCCUCACCCUGUUGAAGAAUGACCAGCUGAUGGAGAUUCCACGCAGCGGGCGGUUCCUGCGACUGAAGAGCCUGGGGAUCGGGCGCUUCUCUCGCACGCCCGACGACAUGCUGCGACGGCUCGCAAAAGAGGCCAGCUUGGAAGACCUGCGGAUCAUCAGCUGCCGUACUUUGACGGAUGCCACAGUUAGGAAGAUCCUUCUUGAUUGCCGCCACCUCACUCGCUUCGUCAUUGCGGACUGCGAGCUUGUGACGUCAGAGAUUCUAACGGCUUACAAAGAAAGUAACAGUAAGGCGCGAUUAAUAAUCAGGGAUUGCAAGGGCGUGCUGGCGGAAAUGGUGCCUGCAGAAAUGCUGUCUUCAGGCAAAGUUGUCUUAGAGUAGAAGUAUAUAUCAGGAUUAGGAGUAUAUGGGAAUCGAGCAGGUGCUGGAAAAUGCACGGCAAGUCAUAGGAAAAGCAGGAACAAUUCUAGAGUAGAAAAUGUUGCAUAGUAUAUCAUUUUAUUAUGACAAGCCCAUGGGCUGAGCUGUAUAUAGACUUAAAGUUUUAGAGUCGACGGCGACUGUCUACAGGACGUGCCUGCGUUAUUCCAAUGACUGCUGAGUGCGUGUUUUGCAAAUAUAUCGAAGCUCCUGUUGUGUUUGUGCA